GGAUCGGGGGUGGGGGCGCGCGACUCCUUCGCGGCCGCCGGGGGGCGCACCCUCACUCUCCCGUUCCGGGUGGUCUGCAGCACGCAGGCGGGCAGGACCCUCCGGACGGGGGAGACGAGGGAGACGCGGAGGAAUGCUCGGGAUGGCGGCGGAGGGAGCGGGGGACUUUUUCGGCGCUCGCUGCCCGGACGAGUCGUCGGACAGCGAACCGGAGCAGGAACCGGGCACCCCGCAAAAACUCAUCCGGAAAGUGUCCACUUCCGGUCAGAUCCGCAGCAAGACCGUCUUGAAGGAAGGAGACUUGAUGAAGCAGACCAGCUCGUUCCAGCGCUGGAAGAGACGAUACUUCAAGCUGAGGGGAAGGACGCUUUACUACGCGCAGAACGCCAAGGUGAGCUCGCGCUCGCUCGCUCGCCGCGGCCAUCCCGGGCCGCGCGGCCCUCUGUCACCGUGCGCCGGGCUUGUCGCCCCGCAGUCCAUCAUCUUCGACGAAGUGGACUUGACGGACGCCAGCGUGGCCGAGUCCAGCACCAAGAACGUCAACAACAGCUUCACGGUGAUCACGCCGUGCCGACGUCUGAUCCUGUGCGCGGACAACCGCAAGGAAAUGGAGGAAUGGAUCUCGGCCCUGCGCGGCGUCCGCAACCGCCAAAACUAUGAGUCGGCGCGGUACAGCACGGAGCACUUCAGCGGAACGCACAACUGGUACGCGUGCUCGCACGCCCGGCCCACCUACUGCAACGUGUGCCGAGAAGCUUUGUCGGGAGUCACCUCGCACGGCCUCUCCUGCGAAGUGUGUAAGUUCAAGGCUCACAAGCGCUGCGCCGUCCGAGCCACCGACAACUGCAAGUGGACAACGCUGGCGUCCGUCGGGAGGGACAUUGUGGAGGACGAGGACGGGGUGUGGAUGCCCCACCAGUGGCUGGAGGGCAACCUGCCCGUGUCGGCCAAGUGCGGCGCCUGCGACAAGACCUGCGGCAGCGUCUUGCGGCUGCAAGACUGGCAGUGUCUGUGGUGCAAGGCCGUGGUGCACUCGGGCUGCCGGGAGCAUCUGUCUGUCAAGUGUCCGCUGGGCCAGUGCAAAGUGUCCGUCAUCCCGCCCACGGCCCUCAACAGCAUCGACUCAGACGGCUUCUGGAAAGCGUCGUGUCCUCCGUCCUGCACCAGUCCGCUCCUGGUCUUUGUCAACUCCAAGAGCGGAGACAACCAGGGCGUCAAGUUCCUGCGGCGCUUCAAGCAGCUGCUCAACCCGGCGCAGGUUUUCGACCUGAUGAACGGCGGACCGCACUUGGGGUUGCGUCUCUUCCAGAAGUUUGACACCUUCAGGAUCCUGGUGUGCGGAGGCGACGGCAGCGUGGGCUGGGUCCUGUCCGAGAUCGACGCGCUCACGCUGCACAAACAGUGCCAGCUGGGGGUCCUGCCUCUGGGAACCGGCAACGACCUGGCCCGGGUUCUGGGCUGGGGCUCCGCCUGCGACGACGACGCCCAGCUACCUCAAAUCCUGGAGAAACUGGAGCGGGCCAGCACCAAGAUGCUGGACAGGUGGAGCAUCAUGGUGUACGAGAGCAAGUUCCCGCGGCGACACUUUGCCUCCGGCGCGGCCGACGACUGCGCCGAGGACUCGGAGGUGCAGCAGAUUCUGACGUACGAGGACUCGGUGGCCGUUCACCUUUCCAAGAUUCUGACGUCGGACCAGCACGCCGUGGUCAUUUCCUCCGCCGGGGUUCUGUGCGAGACGGUGAAGGACUUUGUGGCGCGGGUGGGGAAGGCCUACGAGAAGAACGCGGAGCCUUCGCGGGAGUCCGACGCCAUGGCCAAGAAGUGCGGCCUGCUGAAGGAAAAGCUGGACCUGCUCCUGCGGACGCUGACCCAGGAGUCGGAGGCGUCCCGCCGGGCAGGCUCCCCCCCCCCGGCCUUGGCACCGCCGCUCCCGCCCGGCCCCGAGGCCGCCCCCCGCUCGCCGGCCAUCUUCAAGCCCCGCGAGCAGCUCAUGCUUCGAGCCAACAGUUUGAAGAAGGUCAUCCGGCAGAUCAUCGAACACGCCGAGAAAGCCGUGGACGAGCAGAACGCGCAGACGGCGUCCAUGUUCUCCGCGGGGGGGGCCCAGGCGGACGACCGGGAAGACGAGGAGACGGCGGCGGAGGGCGCCAAACGGCGGCCGGCCGGCCGAGCCGGCAAGACGCCUUGCGAGAGGCUGACGAGUAGCGGCGGCCUGUCGCCGGGCGGCUCCGUAUCGCUUCCGGGCCACGCGGCCAGUCGGGACGGCGUGCCCGUGCUCAACACCAAGAUCCUUUACCCUGGUCUGCGGGCAGGCGUGUCGUCGUCCCUGUCUCACGGUUCCAUCAUCGGUCGACUGCUGCUCAACGCCGAGUCGCUGACGUCGUGCCACCCCGACAACAUGGAGCGCUACACCGAGAAGUGCGUGAUGAACAAUUACUUUGGCAUCGGUCUGGACGCCAAAAUUUCUCUGGACUUCAACAACAAGCGAGACGAGCAUCCCGAGAAGUGCAGGAGUCGCACCAAGAACAUGAUGUGGUACGGCGUUCUGGGAACCAAAGAGCUGCUGCACAGAACCUACAAGAACCUGGAGCAGCGAGUUCUGCUGGAGUGCGACGGGCGCGCCAUCCCCCUCCCCAGCCUGCAGGGCAUCGCCGUCUUGAACAUUCCCAGUUAUGCCGGAGGGACCAACUUCUGGGGAGGAACCAAAGAAGACGACACCUUCGCCGCUCCGUCCUUCGAUGACAAGAUCCUGGAGGUGGUGGCCGUGUUCGGGAGCAUGCAGAUGGCCGUCUCCAGGGUCAUCAACCUGCAGCACCACCGCAUCGCCCAGUGUCGCACGGUGAAGAUCGCCAUCCUGGGGGACGAGGGCGUCCCGGUGCAGGUGGACGGCGAGGCCUGGAUCCAGCCUCCGGGCUGCAUCAAGAUUCUGCACAAGAACCGCAGCCAGACGCUGACCAGGGACCGCGCCUUCGAGAGCGCGCUCAAGUCGUGGGAGGACAAACAAAAGGGCGGCGAAUUCCCUCGGGACGCGGCCGGCCCGCUGGCCGUCGGCGGCCAUCCCGACAUCCUCUCGGAGGAAGAGGCGGCGCUCGUACGGGACUUGGCGCGGGCGGCCCGAGCGCUCAUCGGCAGCAUCUGUCAGCUGGCGGAGAGUCACCGCAGUCUGGAACAAGAACUGGCUCACGCCGUCAACGCCAGCUCCAAGUCCAUGGAGCGCGUCUACGCGCAGUCCGGCGCCACGGGGGCGGCCAGCUGCGGCGCCGUGGUGGCCAUGGUGAAGGACAUCAGAGCGUUGCUCAGCGAGACGGAGCUGCUCCUGGCGGGGAACAUGUCCAUGGUGUUGGACGUGGCCCAGCGGGAGCAGCUGAACGGCGCGCUCAACUGCGCGCGCCAGCGCCUGCGCGGCCUGCCGGACGUUCCCUGGCUCGCCCUGGAGCCGCCGGACCAGCAGGAUCCCCUGGCCCACUCGGCCAAGCCCGGGCGCGGGGCCAAGUUCCGACUGGUGCCCAAGUUUAAGAAGGAGAAAAACAACAAAACCAAAGAGACGCGCGGCUGCCUCGCCCUGCCAGUUGAGCGGUGGGGCACGGAGGAGGUCGGGGCCUGGUUGGACUUCCUGUGCCUGCCCGAGUACAAGGACACCUUCGGCCGGCACGACGUGCGAGGCGGCGAACUGCUGCACCUGGAGAGGCGAGACCUCAAGGACCUGGGCGUCAGCAAGGUGGGCCACAUCAAGAGAAUCCUUCAGGGCGUCCGAGAGUUGAGCCGCAACAGCAGCGCCAGCGAGGCCUGAGCGGCCGAGGCCCCGCCCCCAGGUGGCUCUUUGCUCUCCCGAAGUCAACCGGCGUCCUCGCGAGUGGCGCCGCCGU